GCCGCAGUUCCGAAGAUCCGGGAAAAGGAUUAUGUAAUGCAAGCCUCCGGGCUGCCGUGAAACGAAAGACCCCUACCUAUCUUCAGCUGUCUGCGUACCUAGACUUGCCCUGACCUUUCCCGUCUUUCCAACAACAGCUUCCACACUCAAAUCCUCAUGAUACAUCUCUAGCGACAUUCUUCGUGAUGGCUACACCUGGAAUCAUAGACCCGACAAAGGCGGGCCAAUAUCCUGUAAUUCUCAGCGACGCCUUACUGGGCAAGGCCUCCAACGAGACGUACACUGGUAUAAGAUACAACCACCGACCGACGCUCUCGUCAGAUAGCGCGCCGAGCACAGCACGCCUAAAGAGAUCCGCCAAGGAUGAAUCGUACAAUCUCGGCUUUGACGACCAAGGCGACAAGUACCAAUACAACGGCGUCCGUACUCACGACGAUGGCAACUACGUGCUUAUAUUCGAUCCCACCCGCAAGGCGUUUGUCCUCCAUCGGGUUGACUCCACGUUCCACAUGAACAUCACGCGCACGCCGACGGAGAGCAAUGCCGCGAAUCUACGCAAACAAUUCCCGCAUCUCGAAAUCACGAGCAGCAUCCCAGCCAAGAAGCCGAGGGUGAAGGCCACGGAGAAGGCCAACACCACGAAUACCACGAAUUCCACGAAUUCCACGCCCUCAAAAGCCAAGGACGGUGCCAGCAGCAAGCCCGACAAAAAGGCCGUGGCAUUGACGCUCCCCACGCUCAGCGGAACCCCGGCCAGCUCCGGCUCGCCCUCAUCACAACAACUGGAAAAGAAGUCGGAACCGCCCGCGGCACAGUCGGACCAGGAAAAGAAGCCGAAGCGCCGCGCGCUGUCGCCUGUCGAAUCGGAAGAAGAAGACGAGGACGACGGCGACGACGUCCUAACCUUGGAAAUCCCACAGGGUAACCCGGAUGCCUUCCGUGGGUCCAACUUCUCUGGCACCAUGCCGGUGUCCCUGACGAGACGCUUCUCCGAGUUUGCCCGAGACAUGGAACGAGAAACAGACGAGGACGACGACACCAGGAUGGAAGAGGAGCUGGAAGCAGGGUAUGAGGAGGAGGAUGAAGACGAAGGGGAGGAUGAAGAACCACCCCGUCAGCCGCCCGUUCAGGGUAGCCACACCAAGACGGAGAACUUGGUCGCGGUCGAACCCGAAGUCUACACGUUUGACGACGGAGAUGACGACUCGAAUGCGGAUGCGGGCGGGAAUGAUGCCUUGGAUCAGGAUUUUGGAGACCUUGAGGCAGAGCUGGAAAGAGAGUUGGAGAUGGUGCAGAAUGAGGGCCAUGAGAGUGAUAGCUCCGUGAGCGAAGAGGACUGACGUGGUUUUUGUGCGAAAACCGAUUCAUUGCUCUGGGAACCUUGCUUUGAGAUGGUCUAUCGGGUGUUUCACAGUUUUUCAGGAUACAAGCGGGAAUCCGGCGUCAGGACGACACAGGCCAGUGUCAUGGGUUGCAGUUCAUUCAC